AUGGAGAUUUUGAGCUCACAUUUAGCCAUUGACUGGGAUCAGCUACAAUCACAUGUCAACAAGGUCGGUCAAACGGUGCAUGGUGCAAAAGAUACUGGUAAACGACCAGCUUCAAGGGAGCCUAAUGAGCGGCCAAGACCAAGGCCAACGACACCCGAGUUGAUCAAAAAUGGCGAAAUUUCUUAUUCAGACCCUAUGUCAACGAUGUCGGCGAGAUCAGCCGUGCUUGGAUGGGACCCAAAUCCUUCCUCUGAUGGACCUCAGCUUCAGGAUGAGAAAGCUCAAGUUCUGUAUGGAGACGGCGAGGCACUAAUCAGGAGCAGUCCGCCCAUGCGUGACCAGCAUCGACCACCGCCGUCAGCCCAACCACACUCAGGGUCUACGGAACCACUAACAGUGAAUUCCCCAUGA